CCAUCAGCAGCAACAGCUGCAAAAUCAUCAGCAAACAGGCGGAUCACUGCCUCUGUCUGAUCUCACGCUGCAAAUAGCAACAUCACCAUCAUGAUGAUGAUGAGUAGCUGGUAGCAGGAAGAGCCUCCUCCAGGGCACCUCUGGGCCUCACAUAGGGACUGCUGCGCCCUUCACAUCCCUCACCUCAUCACAUCCCUCUACACAGAGGGAAACUAUACACCUUGACAAGGAGGAAGUGGAAAUAGGAGGGAGGAGGGAAGAAGAAAGAAAAAGAGGCGGGGUGGGGGGAACCAGGGCCCUGGCUGGGGUGUGGAAAAAAAAAAAGGAAGGAUCCCGAUUGACAAAAAAAAAAGAAGAUAGGAUUGCCGGGGUCCAGGCUGGAGCUGGGAGUUUAACUUGGCUAUUUUGCCCAACUGAUACAAAGUCCAAAUAUGGCAGUCAAUAAACCUAAAGGUCAGAAUUCUCUGGCGUUGCACAAAGUUAUUAUGGUAGGCAGUGGUGGUGUGGGAAAAUCAGCCUUGACCCUCCAAUUUAUGUAUGAUGAGUUUGUAGAAGACUACGAACCAACCAAAGCUGACAGCUACAGGAAAAAGGUUGUGCUGGAUGGAGUAGAGGUCCAGAUUGACAUCCUUGACACAGCUGGACAGGAGGACUAUGCAGCAAUUAGAGAUAAUUACUUCCGUAGUGGAGAAGGCUUUCUCUGUGUCUUCUCUAUCACAGAGCAGGAAUCUUUUGCAGCUACAGCAGACUUCAGAGAACAGAUUUUACGAGUGAAGGAAGAGGAGAAUGUUCCUUUCCUGUUGGUUGGUAACAAAUCAGAUCUUGAAGAUAAAAGGCAAGUCUCUGUGGAUGAGGCAAAAAGUAGAGCUGAUCAGUGGAGUGUUAACUAUGUGGAGACAUCUGCAAAGACACGGGCUAAUGUUGACAAGGUAUUCUUUGACUUAAUGAGAGAAAUCCGAGCCCGCAAGAUGGAAGACAGCAAAGAGAAAAACGGCAAGAAAAAGAGAAAAAGCCUGGCCAAGAGAAUAAGAGAAAGAUGCUGCAUUUUAUAAUGAAAACUUGCAAAACCACCUCUUCCUUUUUGUCUAAUACUGAUACGAACCAUACGUUGCUAGCAUGCCCUAGGCCCUAGGCAGCACAGGUGACUGGCUGUUCUUUAACAUUUUUUGGAGACAUUAAUUAAACACUAAGAGCAUGAUUUGGACACUUCGCGGCACUGACAUUCAACUUCACAGACAAAAUUAAAAAAAGAAAAAAAAAAAUCUGGUUGAAUCCUAUGGAAACAAAAUGUAAUUCAAUUCAUGUAUACUUGCUUAUUUGUACAAUAUUCCUGAAUGUACACAUGUGGAGAGGCGCAGCAAUAGUCUGUGUGUAGGUUUAUACAAAUGCAAACAUUACCUCUCGUCUAUUUCCGCUUGCAAAAAAUCAGUGGUACCCACCCAGUACAACAUGGGUUUAUACCAUGAUCCUGAGCUCGAUACAGACUGACACAAGAUAGCAGUUUGUUUUUGUUAGUUUUUUUUUUUUGCUGUUGUAAUAGUGAAAAUAACCAUUUUUACACAUAUUUCAUGUCAUUGUCUAGAAAAUGCCAUGUCCUGUAGUUUUCCCAUUGUACUUAGAAAUGUCUGAAUAUGCCUUAAAGGGGUUAAAGUGGGGAAAAAACACAAUGUAAUACUACUGGGCUGUGUAGUCUGUCUAGUGAUCUGUGAAUGUUGCAAAAUGCUGUGCCCUCUGCACGGUUUCGGCUUGGUGCAGACCCAAGAGCACAUCAUUACCUGUGGUUUUGUAAAUUUCUCAUUAAUUGUGCGAUGGGAUUGCCCCAUGUUGUUCAAAUCACCGGGUAAAUGUUUCUUUAAAAACUCUAAAGACUGCAUUCUCACAAUGGUUUAACAGAGUACAUUCUUGUGAGGUUUCGGUAUAUUUUACCCUGAAAGCAAGAAGUUUAUUUUUAAAUUCUCAAUUCUAGACUUGUUGACGGGUGGAGUUUGAAUAAAUCCUGAUAUCACAUGGAUGGUGUGCCUGUUAACUGUACAUUGUGGUAGAAAUCAUGGCAUCUGAUAUUGGCACAACCUGUGCUAUUCAUUUUCAAUGUCUGUCUUUUUUUCUGUUGUACAGACAUUGGAGGAGAUUCAGCCAAGUGUUCUGUUCUAAAAAGUGUUGCACAAAUGUAAGCGUGAUGGAGUCCCCAGCGGAGCGUGCUGUUGGUUUCACCGGUUUCCAUGGCGAUUUCUCCACUUUUAGUUCUUUAGAGCACUUUUUAAAAUUGAACACAUUAUAAAAUCCCUGCUAGUGAUGUUUAUCAGACAUACCGGUUAGUGAUGUUUGGGCAUUGAACUAAUAACUGCAGUCCCCAGUUUCUAGCUAUCCAGCUGUUGUGCUAUGCCAUGCUCAUUUACUUCAACAGCUGGUGAGCUAAAGGUUGCGUGGAUUAAAAAGCAGUGCUAGCUGUUAACCUCUGGCCAGUUCAUAAUGCGAUUUGGAUAACAGCAGGUCUGUGUGCACUCCCUUCCCUAAUACAAAGCUAAACGUUGUACUAUCUUGGGAGUAAUAUUGCAGAGCCAUAUUCAGAAUUGAAAUGUUUCACUCUGCAGCCAAAUGUGCAAAGAACAUAUUCCCAGUAUGUUUAAUACAAUAUAAUAGAGAUGUGCUUAUUUGUAACCAGUCAUUUCGCUUUCUGAUGACAUGAUUGAUUACUAGAUACAUGGGUAUUCGCAACUUUGACAUUUUUGAAGGGUAUUCUUGGAGAUUGUGGCACUUGUAGAGAAAUCACCAUGCUUUUCAGUUGGCAAAAAAAAAUCUCUGAAUUUAUUUCCAUAACAACCAAAUAGCAGCAGUAUAAAUGUCAGUCCUGAGAGUAUAUUGAGGAACCACUAGAAUAUCGAUAGAAUAGGUGUGGGGUUUUUUGAGGUUUUUUUUUUUUCCCAGGACUAUUGUAUUUUUACUUGGAGAAAACGUUUUACAUGGAAAGAAUUCUCCAACUCCCCUUACACACAUCUUGACUAUUUUAGCCAGAAUCAACUCCAUACAAUGUUUUCUGCAGGCCCUAUAGGUGCCUCAAUUAUUUGGAUGUUUAAACACUAAAACAACACAGGAUAGAAAGUAAGGGGAUUGAUUCACUAAUUAUCUGAAAACUUUGUAGUUUGAUUAUCACUUAACCACAGUGAAUAAAUGCAAUAUGUUUAUACUGCAUUGGCAAGUGCUGCCAUUAUAUUCUAGGAUAUCUUACUUCUAAGUAGCCUGCUUACAAUAACCCUGGAAUGAAAAUCCUGACUGUGAAAUGCCGAAUUAUUAGUUUAACUCUGUUAAGUGGUGGGUGAUUUUGUGCACAUUGACUUGUAGGGCUGUUUUUACAUUUAUUUGACAUUGAGCAGCUUGGUUGUAAUUUAGCAAAGUUUUGACACAUCAAAAUAUUUAGUAAAUAUAUCCCCCUAAUAUAUGCCCAAUUUAGUGUACAAGCAUCACAAACUCAAAACUUUUUUGUUUUGUAGACCAAGAGUUGGACUGGCACAUGUUGCUCACACCUAAUCUAGAACAAAUGUUUUCUACCUCCUUUGCAGAGUCCAUGCAAAUGGUACUGGAAUGGGAAAAUGUAGAACUUUGAAUUUCACAUGUACUUGUUAGAUAGUUUUCAUCUUGUAAGAUGAUCACAGGAAAUAACAUUGUCAUACAUCCGAUAUUUACCAGAGGGCACAUUGAUUUAUAUACUGUACUGUGACUGUUCCUUUGUAGUUUCCACUACUAAUGCUUUAAUUUACUUUGCUUUGAUGCUGAUGUGCUGGGUGCAGUGGUAUUAUGAAGCCGUAAGUUUCUAAAUUAUGUAAACAAAGGCUGAUUCCAACACUCAGGUUUAUAAUUUGCAAAUUGAGCCAUUUCAAGUAAAAUAAAGUUCACUUUUGUAA